AUGCAUUCUGUGAAGGGUGGUCGUCGAGGAUUAAAGUCAAAUGAUUUCAUCAGCCAAUUACCCGAGGAUGUUCUUCUUGUAAUAAUGUCUCUUUUGUCACUCAAGGAUGCAGUGGUCACUGGCAGUCUCUCCACAAGAUGGAGAUUCUUGUGGUGCAAGUUACACAAACUGGAAUUCGAUGCUGGUGAAACAUUAAAUGAUAUUGUUACAGAUCGGAAGCUUCUUCGUGAAGCACGGUCUAAGUUCUUCAAACAGGUCAACGAUGUAAUCGAAAGUUACAACCAACCUGUAAUUCAACACGUCCGGAUUCGUUUCGAUUUGUAUGCAGGUAAUGCAGAAGUUAUUGAUAAGUGGCUCCAAUUUGCAGCAGACAAGAGAGUUGAAAUGCUUGAAUUGGAUUUUAUGAAGCACGGUAUUAAGAUCCGUGAUUCUUUUUUUAAUUAUGAUUUCCCAUUCCGGUUAUCAGAUAGAAAUAUAGAGCACCUUUUCGAAUGGCCAUCAUCAGCUGUUGCAGUUGUGGAGCUAAUUUCUCUGAAAAAGCUCGUCUUGAAGAGCGUUAACGUGAGUGAUGCAAUCUUAGAGGAACUUCUAAUAAAUUCUCCACAACUUGAAAUGCUUUGUAUCCAUCGCUCCGCGUACUUGACGCAUGUUGAACAAAGUUUAAUCCUUGCUUCCAUUCCUGAACUACCAAAUGUCAAGAACCUGAGGUUGACAAUUGGAGGUCAUGAAGAUGAUUCCCUGCUAGAGGUCGCUUCACUAGCAAACUCAUGUCCAAGUUUGGAGGCUUUUCAGAUUAAGCUCUUAUGGAUUUCACCGAUAAGAAGGAGAAGGGAUGUAAGGCGUGAUAGUACUCAUCGCCAUAAAUACUUGAAUCUACUUGAGAUUCAGGGGUAUUAUGGUGGAGGGAGUGACCUGGAACUUGUGGCUUACAUCAUAGACAAUGCUGUGGCGCUGAAGGAAAUUUGGAUUGAUCCUAGGUGCCAGGCUCGGAAGGGAACUCCAACUUCAAUGAGGUUCUCCAAGAGGACUGAAAAAACUGCUCGAUAUUUUGCCAAGCGGCAGCUCCAACCAUUAACGCCACAAGGCGUUAAAUUGGUGAUUCUUUAA